AUCAGUAAAAUCUAAUUUCAUAUUUCAUCAUAAAGAAAAAAUACAAGUGUGGGUUUGGGAAGUCUACAGGUCUAAGGUUCAUUCCUGUCGUAAUUUGUUGUUCGAUAAUUAUGCACUUACAAUCCAAGAUGUACAAAACUUAUAAAAAUCCAUGAAAAUUUUUGUAAUUACAAGCUAAAAACAUGAAAAAUAGAUUAGUUUCUGUUGUUAUACUGAUUCUAUUAUAUAUCGAACACGGUUGUUCAUUUUCUUAUAAUCCAUAUUGUUGGGUUGCCGAAUGUUGUAAUAAGGAUGAUAUACCUGGAGAUACAGAUAAAUUACGAAACUCCUUGACCAAACGAGUAUAUGGUCAACAUUUUGUGGAGAAUGCUGUUGAUGCCAUCUUAGUCCACUGGAAUCCACACCAUAAGCCCUCAAAGGCUUUGACACUUAGUUUCCAUGGAUGGCCAGGAGGAGGAAAAAAUUAUGUGGCAAAGUUUAUUGCAGAAAGCCUCUUCAAGCAUGGAAUGUAUAGCAAAUUUGUACAUAAUUUCAUAGGCAGGGUUCACUUUCCUGAAAAUAGUCAUGCUGCAAGUUAUCGAGAAAACUUAUAUAGUUGGCUGAAAUAUAACGUUUCAAAAUGUGGUCAGCAGCUGUUCAUUUUCGAUGAAGUUGACAAAAUGCCGCCAACUGUGCUCAAUGCGAUAAAGCCUAUGAUUGAUUACAGAAAUAAUGUAGACGGUGUUGACUAUACCAGAGCCAUAUUCAUUUUUCUUUCGAAUACUGGUGCUAGCCUCAUCAACGAGCACUAUCAAGAUCUCUGGAAAAAGGGAAAAUCAAGAAAAGAAUUGAACUUGAAGGAUUUUGAAAGUUUGAUAACCAAGGGAGCAUUCAAUGAAGAAGGUGGUUUUCAAUUUUCUGACACUAUCAAGAGCAAUUUGAUAGAUCAUUAUAUUCCGUUUCUACCAAUGGAAGAACGUCAUGUCAGAGAAUGUAUUAAAGACCAGUUCAGGGAACGCAACGUAGAAUUUCCAUCAGAAGAACACAUUAAUGAGGUGAUGGAGUUUAUAGAAUGGGGACCAGAUGGUACAAAAUUGUUUUCAAAAACUGGCUGCAAGAGAAUAAGUUCCAAAGUUGCCAUCUUAGUUGCAAAACACUAUAAAUGGGCGCUAAAAAAUGAUGAAUUGUGAACUACCAACCAUUCAUAAGGAGGUGUUUCAUCAUAAUCUUCGAGUAAAAUGUCUUGUAGGAAGGUUUGCUAAGAAAAAACUGUAUCUGUGUGGUCAGAUCAACAUUGGAGUAAUAUAUUUCCAUUAAAAUCGUCAAAAAUACUUUGGAAAUGUCAGUAUGUGAAAUGUCAUUUUGUUCACAGUUUAACUGAUUUAAAUAAACUUCUUUCUCAUAUACCAGAACAGUGAAACUUAAUUUAAUAUGGGUUUACCUGUUAAAAAUGAACUCUAUUCUUGGGGUAUUUUUUGACAACUAAUAUAGCAUCAUAAAGAUAAUCCUCUGCUGAUGAUGCCAAUUCGUUUGGCAAAACUUACAUUGGGAAUAGUCUUUCACAGUUCUGGUAUGGCUGGAAGAUGAUUCAUUCAUUAUAGAUUUGAGUUUUAUAGAAGUGUUUUCCACAUAAAUGAUACUAUAGAAAUUUGUACUGUCCUCGAUUAAUAUUAAAAGUAUUGAUAACAAUUUUUCAGUGCUGAAGUGGCAUUUCAUAUACUAAUCAGAUAAACUGUUACGAAGUUGAAAACGUUGAACUUAGGAUUAAAAUUUAAAAAAAGGCAUCUUUAGGCAAUAUUUUUUAUAAUAAAGUGAUAAUUUCAAGAACAUAUUAAAGUGGAUUCAUCUACAUAUUUUCUUAUGAAUAGUAGAAUUUUUAAUUUGAAUUAACCUCUACAAGUUGUUGAAAAAAUCCACAUCUAACUGCUCUCAAAUUUACUUUUCAUUUUUUCUUACCAUAAUUUUUCAGUAAAAAUUAGUAUAAUUACAUUACGGCAGGAGAAUGGAAUCUGAAAAUCCAAUAUUAUUUGUUCAUUUAAAAAAAAAUUGUGAUGAACCUAAUUUUAAUCUGUUGCUCUUUUUUGGCAAUUCUAAUUUGAAUGAAUAUCAAUUGAAAUUUUCUCACACACAACAGUUAAAACAAUAUUCUCGUUUGUAUGUUUAAUAACAUAGUUGCCUUGAUCAGAAAAUAAUCAUAUCAUAUUCCCUUAAAAUAAUUUAUUUGCUGGACUCUUGCAAAAAACACGUAGAAAACAUUACAAUUUGAGAAGUAUGUUUUCUAGCACGGUUUUGCCUUCAUAAUUAGUAUUUAUUACGAUCUGUCAAUAGUUAUGACCAUUGGUUGAUAAAACGUGUGACGAGAAUUAUGUUUUCGCAGUUUUGGUGUACUUUUCGAACUAUUAAUAAAUAUAUUCGCAGGUAGCAGUUCAUUAUGUAUUGAUAUUUUAUACAAACUUUAUAUGUUUCUGUGAUAUUAUUCAAUUAUUUGCUGAUUCUGAAAAACACAUUAUUGUUUCUAAUUUUUACUGUACGAUUUUGUAAUUACAAGAUAACAAACAUA